UGUGGAUAAUCCAUGUCUGUCUCCUUCGACAUCUCCGGUGAGGCCUGUGUUGGUUACUGAUUGGAAUUGCAUAAUCGACUCGCCGGAGAAGAGGCGAGGCAGCCUUCGGAUGUUCGAUUCCGGGCAGAGAUUUUCCGGUGGAUCGCAAGAACGAAGUCGAUAAGCUGAACAAGCUGCUAAAGCAGAUGCAGAAUUUGGUUCAAGACUUGCAGGAUGAGCUCGAAAUGAAAGAGAUGCUAAUGGUGAAAGAGUUACCCGACGAGGGCCAUUCGUCUCCCGAAGAACACCGCCAAAAAUCUCCACCAACUCACGACACGAUUGCCUCACCUUCCGGCGUGAAAUUGUUCGAAUUCGACAUGCUAAAAUUGGACGCGAGACAACGCGAGAGCCUCGAGCUGUUGAGCACGAUUGAGGCCGAGCUUCAAGCCGAGUUGGAGACACUAGAGAAUAACAUGAAGAGUACAUCCGCCGUGGAUCCAAUCUCCGGCGUCGUUGAGCUCGAUCCUGAUUUCGAGCCCGAGAUUGUUCGGGGAGACUUAAAGCCGGCGAAGGCGAAUGCACCAUCGGAAUCCAUAACCGAAUCAACAAGCACGACGAUGGAUUGUUCUCAGCCCGCGAACUAUUCCGUCUCCCCGUGGGAGCUGAGCCUACGUCUCCACGAACUAAUCGAAUCCCGGCUCGAGACGCGCAUUAAGGAGCUCGAGACGGCGCUUAUCGACAACCCAAAUCACACGCUGAUUCUCGAUUCUCCGACUGCCGGUGUCUUCAGUCGGAAAGUCUCACGUAGCGAAACCGAGUCAUCGUCGGAUCGCCAGAGCCCGACGUGUAUAUGCGACGACGAAAGCGAAGAUGCCUUGUCUUCUUCGGACAAACAUCCGAACGGGUUCGCGAAGGAACGAGACAUUCCGGGGGAUUUGAUUCGAGGUGUAGUGUGUUCGGACAAGCUGACUUCGGCGAGUUUCGUGUCGAAUGUCGACUCCGAGAGCGACGACGGCGGCGACGGCGGCAGCGGGGAGUCGGAAAUGAUGCUGAUAAGACGGAUCGUGGAGAGGAGGCGAUCGUCGUCGAAUUUUAAGCUGGAGAUCGACUGGGAAGACAGAUGAGUUUAUAGUCAGGCUUCUUUCGCUUGUAGAAGAUAGAGAGAGUGAAAUUUUUAAAAAUAUUAUAGUAGAUCUUUUUGUUUGUGAGCUUAGAAUGUGGUACGUUACGUACAUACUGUAAAUCACAUUUUUCAUGAAUAUUGAGUGUGCAUUUACUUUGA